CUUCUUGAUUUGUCUUCAUUCCUUUUCAUAACUCGUAAAUCGAACAACGACUGAAAAAGAGAACCUAUUUAUUCUCGUGUGUAAGGGACUGCUCUGUGCCACUCUAUUUAUGACGGACAUUCAAACGGCGUUGGUAUGGUAACGCAAGACUUCAACUUGUAAAAAAAUAAAGGAGCAUGAUUUGCUCUCCCUCUCUCUCUUUGUUACUUACACUCCCCCCUUAAAAAAUCACAUACCCCUUUUUGUUAUUAUCUCCCUUUUUUAUUUGUUUUUAUCUCUUUCUUUUAUCUCUCUCUUUUUUACUUUUUUUUUCUUCUUCAAUAAAAUGUCCAAUACCAAUGAUAGUGAUAUACCCGAAAGAAUAGCUGCGGCAAGAAGAGAGGCAGAAGCAUUAAAAGAAAGAAUUAAACAGCGUAAAGAAGCAUUAGCCGAUACCACAUUACAAGAAAUGGCAAAAGAAGUGGAAGCUUUACCUCGUAUAGUGAUGAAAGCAAGAAGAACAUUAAAGGGACAUUUAGCAAAGAUUUAUUCUAUGCAUUGGGCUACAGAUAAAAGACACCUAGUAUCAGCAUCACAAGACGGUAAAUUAAUCGUCUGGGACGCUUACUCGACAAAUAAAGUGCAUGCUAUACCACUUCGAUCUUCUUGGGUAAUGACAUGUGCGUAUGCACCCUCAGGCAACUUUGUGGCCUGUGGUGGUCUAGAUAAUAUUUGUUCCAUUUACAAUCUAAGAACAAGAGAUGGACCCGUCAGACCUGCCAGAGAAUUGUCUGCGCAUAAUGGAUAUCUCAGUUGCUGUCGAUUUAUUAAUGAUCGUCAAAUCUUGACAGCUUCAGGUGAUAUGACUUGUAUGUUGUGGGACAUUGAUGCUGGUGUGAAAACAGAAGAAUUUACAGAUCAUACGGGAGAUGUCAUGAGUUUAUCACUAGGACCAAAUCCAAAUGUAUUUAUUACCGGUGCAUGUGAUUCCACUGCCAAAGUCUGGGAUAUAAGAACAAAAAGAUGUGUACAGACCUUUGUGGGCCAUGAAUCCGAUAUCAAUGCCGUUCAAUUCUUUCCGGACGGUAAUUCAUUUGCUACGGGUUCCGAUGAUGCUACAUGCAGACUGUUUGACUUAAGAGCUGAUUGUGAACUAAGCGUUUAUUCACAUGAAUCCAUCUUGUGUGGUAUUACUUCUAUUGGCUUCUCUCCGUCUGGUCGUCUGUUAUUCGGUGGUUAUGAUGAUUACAAUUGCAACGUUUGGGAUACCCUCAAAUGUGAACGAGUCGGUAUAUUGUCUGCUCAUGAUAAUAGAGUCUCUUGCUUAGGUAUUGCUGGUGAUGGUAUGGCUCUAUGUACUGGAAGUUGGGAUUCAACAUUAAAAGUCUGGGCCUAAUAUCACCUUUUUUUUUUAUUUAUUAUUAACUCCUUAUAUUAAUAUAUCACUACACGGACGAUAACUUGUAAAAUUAUCCUUUUUAUUAUUAAAAAAAAAUGAGAGAAAGAAAGGGGUGUGGUGGCGUUAUUUACCAAAU